GGAAGGAGGAAGGAGAAUUCGACGAAAACUCAUCGGACUUGAGUGAGGAUUCCAGGAAGAUGGCAGUGAGGAUUCCAGGAAGAUGGCUCGCAUGCCCUCAGAGGUCUCGUGAUGCUUCGCGAUGACGCUUUGCCGCUUCGGUGUUUGCGUAGUCGGGCUGGUGUGGUGGGCAUGUGCGCUCCACGAAUGCCCCGUCACGGUGCGAGCCUCAUCCGUAAGCUUCAUCCCUGCAGUACUGCCCAUCAGGAGCAGCUCACACCGCCUCAUCCGAUCAGCCAUCAUGCGACUCGAAGCGCUGACGCCCGAUGAACAGGUGCGGCAUUCGUGGAAGCUGGCUCACACCGUGGGCGCAACUCUCUCUCUCUCUCUCUCUGUGUGUGUGUGUGUGUGUGUGUUUCCUGACUGCAUCAGACGCCACAGCUUCAUAUCAACGCUUCCAUGUCAAGACCUGGAGUCACGAGGCGGGAGGUGGUCAGGGCCAACCGCCAAAAGCCGCUGCCAAAGGUCGUCGUGCCGCCCGAGCUGCGUGAGUACAUCCAUGAUGCCGCUCACUACUCGACAAGGGCAGCGGGAAUCAAUCGCAUGUGAGUGAGUCAGUGGGCGGGUACACACACACAGUGGGCAAGUAUGUAUCCUGUUUGUUGUUGGUCUGUCGUGUGUGGUGCGGUUGGCGUCUGUGUAAUGUGAUUGAUAGGUACGGCAAAUUGAGGUACCGGCAGUGGACAAUUACUCACGAGGGCUAUUUCUUUUGGCCCUCGGUAGGCAUUGAUUGCAGGCAGACUGAUCACAGACAGACAGACAGACAGACGGACGGACAGACGGAUCCACACACACGUGUGCCCGGCCAUGUCAUUCAUACACACAUUCAUCAUAUGUAUCGAUCAUAUGUGUGUGUGUCCGUUCGUCAUUGACUCACUUACUGACCGUCAUUCAUUCACUCAUUCGUUCAUUCAUUCAUUCAUGCAGAUGCAUGAGUUGGUGCGUCAGACCGAGUGGCGUGUCGUCGUGUGGUGUGCUGACGGACCUGAUGACAAACGCGACGUCGAUAUCGAAUACGGAACGGCUGAAGAGUACAACCUGUUCCUCAUUGAGAAGGAUGGCAUCAACAUCUCCCUUGACUAUGACAGCGAUAGGUAAGCGACCGCAGCGCAACGUUUGAGGCUUCACAUAUAUGUAUCGAUUCAUACCACAUCCACCAUUCCAUGAACCUGUCAGGAACCGCAUGUUCGACGGGACGUUGUUUGCCGUCGUGAAGGGCAUCGUUGGAUGUAAAAAGGCUUGGGCCGACCUCCGAUGGCUCAUGCGCGUCCACGAUAUCAAGCAGUGUGCGAGUGUUGUCGGCAACAGGUGGUACUUUUACUACUACGACCGAGAGACCGACGAGUUCGUCAAGACCAUGAAUGAUGUCCUGCUGACCCCAUUGAAAGGGGCGCCCAAAGGGAUCGGCGCCCAGAGGGUCAUUGACUAUGUUGUGGACCGCCUCGAGCAUCCACUUAAGGAGAAACAAGAGCCUGACGGCCCCGGCAUGGCCAGCAAGUAUGGCGUGACCGAAAGAUAGAUAGAUAGAUAGACAGGCAGGGCGUGUGGUGGGUGGGUGACUGUUCUGGUGCAUGUACAUAGAAAUGUAGCCCAGCCAGCACAUGUACUAGUAGGGAGGGAGGGAGGGAGAUGGCCAAGUCGUCAAAACGGCAGAGUGGAAGAAAAACGCAGGAGGGGUGUGGCCGCCACUGUCUGCGUCGCGUGAGAAAGGCCUUCCACGGUGUUGAUGCACUGUGGCUCUGAGCUGCACACGGGUACAAUGUCCAGGGCCAUAAGUAGAAGCAAGUAGAGAGCAGCCCAGCCCUAGACAGCAUUGAUCGGGAAAGUAUCCUUUUGUGAAACCGCCUGUUUGCAGUGAAUGGAUGUACGUGCCGUUUGUUGGGAUGGCGGGACGUACAUGCGUCUGUUUUGAUGAACACACAGGAAAUGAGUGUGUUCGCACGAGUCAAUUUGAUAGCACAGCACAUGCAUUCACUCAUACAAUGAUAUACACGGACCAUGGCGAAGAGGGCCAUAAGUAGAAGCAAGUAGAGAGCUUCUAGUCCGUUGCUUCUCCCGCACCCAGAGGGAAUGAG